AUGCGUCCCUUCUCCAUCAAAACCCUCUCACCCGCGACUCUCCUCCGACCCCAUCCAAUCCCCUCCAUCACACGCAACAUCACCAGAACCAUAACCUCAACCAACUCCCAAGAACCAACAAUAACCCCCCUCAAACCCGCCGACUUCCCCGAAUGGUCCCGCCUGUUCACAGGCUACCUCGAAUUCUACAAAACCUCCAUCCCCUCAGAGCAAUACCCCAAAACCUUCGCCAGGCUGCUAGACCCGGAGAACGAACUCUACGGACUAGUUCUGCGGGAAAACGAGAGUAAGCUCCUUGGGAUAGCGCACUACUUCCCGCACAUGACGCCUUGGGGCGAAGGGAAGAUUAUGUUGUUUAAUGAUCUCUUCGUCGACCCCGCUGUGCGCGGAGGUGGGUAUGGGAGGAAGUUGAUUCAGGCUGUGGCAGCGGAUUCGAAGAAGAAGGGGUGUUUUCGGAUGCAGUGGACGACGCAGAAUGGGAAUCCGGCGAGGAAGCUGUAUGAUGAGUUGGCGACGCAGGAGUUUGUGCAGUAUCGGAUGGCCUUGUGA